CUGCUCGGCAAGCUCGGCUCAAGUUAUCAAAGAAACUCACUGAUGCUGGUUCUGGGAGUUUUAUCCUUCGCUGCACCACCACCACUUCACAACGUUCCGGAAGUCCUCAGCUGGCCGAAAUGCGAUUAUUCUGGAACUGGCGUGCUCGUUUGUAGAAGUAGUUAGUGAUUUAGGAGUCUAAUCGAGGAGCCCGCUUUUGAUGCCCCUCGGAGGCAACUCAUUGCCUUCUACCACACAUUCCGCGUCACUUCGCUUAGUAGUGCAGCCACUUAAGUAAUUCGCGUUACUGAGUUGUUCGUCGCGGCGUUUUGUUCAGCCUAACCAGCCGCGGUAAUUUAUAUAUUCUUAUCAACUAGGUCGUACAUAGAGCAGGCGCGUGCGCGUGACGUGUCCAGCCAGGCUGCGUGACGUGUGCGCGUGACUUGUGCGCGUUACGUGUGCGCGAGAGUUGUGCGCGUGAUAUUUGCGAGACUCUGAAACGACAAUGGGUGCACCCAAUGGUGCCAGCUCCCCGUCGCCUUCCUCCGGUUCGGCGGCCAUGCUGCAAGCAUCCGUGGUUCAGGGCCGGCACUUGCAGCUUCCAGGCGACGCGCAGGAAAAAGGCGGAGCCACGGUGUCGCUUUCCCACGGAGCGAACCAGGUGACGACAGCAGCGAAGACGGGAGCCGCCCCAAAGUGGCUCCAAGAUUUCAAGAUUCCGCUGAAUUCCUCAACGGGCGACGUCAUUCUCAAGAUCGCAGUGAGCUCUCCUGACACAGGCGACAAGGUGCUGGCCACAUGUGACGUGGACUUGACUGAUCAGCUGAAGGGCGGCACAGUGGUGCGCUGGUAUCAAAUCAAGGAUGCGGACGGCGCCGGGGUCGGCGAGGUUUGUCUUGUUCUGCGGAUCCUGAAGCCCACUCAAACCACCCAAACCACUCAAAUUACCCAAACCACCCAAACCACUCAAACCACCCAAACAUCACUAUCCACUAAACCGUCUCACCUCUCUCAACCGACACAAACUGAAACGGAGAUGCCUGUUGACAGUGUUACUAUAACGGAGACGUCUGACGAUGGUGCCAUUCCUGGUGCUCCUGUUACUGCUGUGGUUCCGAAAUCCGCAGCUGCUGUUACAGCUGCUCCUUCCGCCUUCGCAGCUGCUUUUGCUGCUUUUGCAGCUGACGCUUCUGCUGCUGCUUCACCUGAUUCUGUGGCUGAUAGUGCUGAUGGUGCUGCUGAUGGUGUUGCCGCAUCAGCAGCAGCCCCACCACUAAAGCCAACAGCAACGGCAACAACAGCCGUAGACGCAUCAGCAGCACCAGCAGACGCACCACCGCCAGCAGACGCACCACCGCCAGCAGACGCAGCAGCUGCAAGGACGAGUAUAGGCACCUCGUUGCCGGGUCAUCUAGAGAGGCGUAGCAACAUCGCGAACGGGAGAGCAACCGAGCACAGCACAGGCGGCACACUUGGCUUGUCUAAAUCCGGCCCUCUCGGCCUAACCGGCGAACCCAUGGGUGCAGCAGAGUCGCCAAGUGGGGAAUCCGAUCCUGCCUCACCCAGGAGUGAGGAGGGGUCCCGAACAGGUGCUUUAUCCAGUGCUACAAAGACUCAAACGGCAGGGCGUCUAGAGAAGCGCCCCAACAUCCAGAGCGGGAGAGCAGCACUUAGCGAGUCUAAAUCCGGCCCUCUCAGCCUAACAGGCGAGCCACCCACUGGUACUGCAGAAUCGCCAGGCGAUGGGGUAUCCUAUGCCUCCCCGCAGAAGGCAGGUUCCCCGGGUGAUUCGGAUAAGAGUAAGCAUUCCUGGUCUGGGUCAAGGUCCGACAGGUCUUUGGGUUCCUCCGUGACCUCCCUGUUUCAAGCCUUCAGCAGCGGCGGCAAGAAGAGCAGCAGCGGCAGCAGCAGCAGUAUCAGUGCUACUGGUGAGGGCAGCAGCAGCAGCAGCAUCAGUGCCACCAGCAGCGGCAGCAGCAGCUUCGGCAGUGGGGAAAGCGGGCAAACGGAGGCUCAGAAGAGCCUUCGCAAAGUCAUGUCUAUCAAGCUGGUCCAGAAAGACCUGCUGCGGCAAGUAGGCAGCGGGAAAGGAGUGGUCACAAGGCUCAGUGGGGGUAUUGGAGGGGGCAUAGGGGCAUUCAGAGCAUCACAAGGGAGGGCGUUGACCAGAACGGAGGUAUUCCACGAGGGGGGGUCGGCUAGAGGUAUAGGGGGGGAGGUAGGGGGGUCGGCUAGAGGGAUAGGAGGGGAGGUAGGGGGGUCGGCUAGAGGGAUAGGAGGGGAGGUAGGGGGGUCAGCUAGAGGGGUAGGAGGGGAGGUAGGGGGACAAGGGGGAUCAGCAAGAGCGGCGGGAGGGGCAGCAGGGAUCGGAUUGUUCGGAUCUGGCAGUCCUCAGGAGCAGGAGCAGGGGCAGGGGCAGGAGCAGAGGAUGGAGCCUGAGAGCCCAAGCACUCUGCCCAGCCUUCGGCCUGCACCUGCCACACCGCCCGUUGCACAGAGGAAGAAGAUCAGCUUUUAUCUUGACGCUGGGGGGCCGGUUUUGUCCCCGGUGUUAGAGCCAGACGGUCCGGAAGAGAGCUCUACUAGCUCGGGGCUGGAUCUGGGGGGAGGGGCUAGCGAUGCUGCUGAUGCUGCAGCAGCAGAGGCAGCAGCAAAAGCAGAGGCUGCAGUAGCGGCAGAGGCAGCAACGGCAGCAGAGGCUGUAGCAGCGGUAGAGGCAGCAGCAGCAGCAGAGGCUGUAGCAGCAGCAGAGGCAGCAGCAGCAGCAGAGGCUGCAGCAGCAAAGGCAGAGGCUGCGGGAAAAGCAGAGGCUGCAGUAGCUGCAGAGGCAGCAGCAGCAGCAGAGGCUGCAGCAGCAGCAGAGGCUGUAGCAGCGGUAGAGGCAGCAGCAGCAGCAGAGGCUGUAGCAGCAGCAGAGGCAGCAUCAACAGCAGAGGCUGCAGCAGCAAUGACAGAGGCUGCUGCGGGAAAAGCAGAGGCUGCAGCAGCGGCAGAGGUAGCAGCAGCAACAGAGGCAGCAGCAGCAGCAGAGGCAGCAGCGACAGCAGAGGCUGCAGCAGCAGCAGAGGCUGUAUCAACGGUAGAGGCAGCAGCAGCAGCAGAGGCUGUAGCAACAAAGGCAGAGGCUGCGGCAAAAGCAGAGGCUGCAGCAGCAGCAGAGGUAGCGGCAGCAACAGAGGCAGCAAAGGAAGCAGCGGUGGCAGAGGUAGCGGAGGCUGCAGCAGCAGCAGAGGCAGCAGCAGCAGGAGAGGCAGCAGCAUUGGCAGAGGCUGCAGCAGCGGCAGAGGCAGCAGCAGCAGCAGUGACAGCAGCAGCGGCGGCAGAGGCUGCAGCAAAAGCAGAAUCUGCGGCAGCAGCAGAGGCAGCAGAGGCAGCAACAGCAGCAGAGGUAGCAGCAGUGGCCGAAGCAGGAGAGGCAGCAGCAGCGGCAGAGGCAGCAGAAGCUGCAGCAGCAGCAGCAUCUGAGGCUGGAGCAGCGGCAGAGGCAGUGGCGGCAGCAGAAGCAGUGGCAGCGGCGGAGGUAGCGGCAGCAGCAGAGGCUGCCGCAAGGGCAGAGGCUGCAGCAGCAAUGGCAGAGGCUGCUUCAAAAGCAGAGGCUGCAGCAGCAACAGAGGCAGCAAAGGAAGCAGCGGCGGUAGAGGUUGCAGAGGCUGCAGCAGCAGCAAAGGCUGAAGCAGCUGAAGCAGAAGCCGCAGCAGCAGCAGAGGAAGCAGUAGCAGGAGAGGCAGCAACAUCGGCAGAGGCUGCAGCAGCAACAGUUGCGGCAGCAGCAGCAGAGGUAGCAGCGUCUGCAGCAGCAGCAAAGGCUGGAGCAGCAGAAGUAGAAGCUGCAGCAGCAGCAGAGGCUGCAGCAAUGGCAGAGGAUGCAGCAGCGGCAGAGGCAGCAGAAGUAGCAGAGACAGAAGCAGCAGCAAUGGCAGCAGCAGCAGCAGAGGCUGCAGCAGCGGCUGAAGCUGAGGCAGCGGCAGUGUCUGCAGCAAAAUCAGAAGCAGAGGCAGCAGCAGAGGCAGCAACAGCAGCGGAGGCAGCAACAGUGGCAGCAGAGGCCGCAGCAACAGCAGCAUCCGAGGCUGCAGAAGCGGAGGCAGAAGCUGCAGCCGCAGAAGAGGAUGCAUCAGCAGCAGAGGCAGCAGCAAUGGCAGAGGCAGCAGCAGCGGCAGAGGCAGCAGCAGCGGCAGAGGCAGCAGCAGCAGCAGCAGAGGCAGCAGCAGCAGCAGAGGCUGCAUCAGCAGCAGCUGCAGCACAAGCAGAGUCGGCAGCUGCAGCAGAGGCAGCAGAGGUAGCGGCGGCGGCAGAGGCAGCCGAGACAUCAACAGCUGCAGAGGCUGCAACAGCAGCAGAGGCAGCAGAUGCAGCAGAGACAGCAGCAGCAGCAGAGGCAUCAGAGGCAGCAGCAGCGGCAGAGGCAGCAGCAGCAGCAGAAGCAGCAGAGGCAGCAGAGGCAGCUGCAGCGGCAGAAGCAGCAGAAGCAGCGGCUGGGGCAGCAGAGGCAGCAGCGGCAGCAGAAGCAGCAGCAGCAGAGGCUGGUGCUGCAGCAAAAGCAGACGCUGCAGCAGAAGCAGGGGCAGCUGCAGCAGAGGCGUCAGCAGAAGCAGAAACCGAGGCAGCAACAGCAACAGAGGCUUCAGCAGCAGCAGAGAUUGCAGCAGCAGCAGAGGUUGCAGCAGCAGCGCCCGCAGCACAGGCACAAGCAGCUGAAGCGGCUGCAGCAGAAGCAGCAGAGGCUUCAGCUAAUGCUGUGGCUGCAGCAGCAGCAGAGGCAGCAGCAGCAGCAGCAGAGGCAGCAACAGCAGCAGCAGAGGCUGCAGCAGCAGCAGAGGCAGCGGCAGCAGCUGUGGCUGCAGCAGCAGCACAGGCAGCAGCAGCAGCAGAUGCAGCAGCAGAGUCAGAGGCUGCAGCAGCAGCAGAGGUAGCAGCAGUGGCAGAGGUAACAGCAGCAGCAGAGGCGGCAGCAGUGGCAGAGGCCGCAGCAGCAGCAGAGGCGGCAGCCGUGGCAGAAGCAGCAGCAGCAGCAGAGGCAGCAGCAGCGGCAGAGGCAGCAGUCGCAGCAGAGGCAGCACUAGCAGCAGAAGCAGAUGCUGCAGUAGCAGCAAAGGCGGAAGCAGCAGCAGAGUCAGCAGGAGCUGCAGAGGCCGCAGCAGCAGCAGCAGCAGCAGCAGAGGCUGCAGCAAUAGCAGAGACUGCAGAAGCAGAGUCAGCAGGAGCUGCGGAGGCAGCAGCAGCGGCAGAAGCUGCAGCAGCUGAAGCAGAGGCAGCACUAGCAGCAGAAGCAGAUGCUGCAGCAGCAGCAAUGGCGGCAGCAGCAGCAGAGUCAGCAGGAGCUUAUGAGGCAGCAGCAGCGGCAGAAGCUGCAGCAGCUCAAGCAGAGGCAGCAGCAGCUGCAGUGGCUUCUGCAGCAGCAGAGGCAGCAGCAGAAGCUACAGCAGCAGCUGAGGUAGCAGCAGCAGCAGAGGCGGCCGCAGCAGCAGCAGCAGCGGCGGCAGAGGCAACAGCAGCAGCAGAGGCUGCAGCAGCGGCAGAGGCAGCAGCAGCAGCAGAGGCAGCAGCAGCAGCAGCAGCAGAGGGAGCAGCAAUAUCAGAGGCAGCAGCAGCAACAUCAGAGGGAGCAGCAGCAACAUCAGAGGCAGCAACAUCAGUGGCAGCAGCAGCAACAUCAGAGGCAGCAGCAGCAACAUCAGAGGCAGCAGCAGCAGUAACUGCUGACAAUACCACUGCUGCGGAGGAUGUCAUUGCGACUGCUGGUGCUGCCACGAAUGGCACUUAUGCUUCUUCUUCUGCAGCAGCAGCAGCAGCAGCAGCCACGUCAGAGCCUGCUCCUGAACCCCCAACACCAGCAGCAGUUGGCCUCACGCCUGAGCGUGUUCGAGCGAAAUCAGGCCCGUUAGACAAGCUGGGUAUUCCCAAGAGCUGGAGCGGAACCGGGCUGAGCACUCGAAGCACAAGUAGCAUGUCCAAGUCUGGCCCUCUCAGCCUAACAGGCGAGCCCUUAAGUGGAGCAGUGUCGCCAGGUGGGUUGUCUGACGCCUCACCACGGAGCGAAGCAUCCCCACGCGGUGGUGGUUCCAGCUAUUUCAGAAGUAAAGGAUCACGGACAGGGUCAGUGUCAGUGUCAGGGUCGGCGUCGGGGUCCGUGUCAGGGUCAGUUUCAGGGUCAGUGUCAGGGUCGGUGUCAGGGACUGGGAAAGGGUCGGAGAAGUCAGGCAAGACUGUGUCAUCUACCAUGUCCUCUAUGCUCCGGUCGAUGUCUCUCACCCCCUCGCGCAAGCGAGCAGGUGCAGGACCAAUGAGUGCAGGUACAGGACCAAUGAGUGCAGGCGGAUUGUUUGGGUUCAGCAGAGGGCAGCGGCAGGGUAAGCGGCAGGAGCAGGAGCAGGAGCAGGAGCAGGGGCAGGAGCAGGAGCAGGAGCUGGAGCAUUGGCAGGAGCCUGAGAGCCCAAGCAGUCUGCCUAGCCCGAGAUCGGCACCUACGACGCCGGCCGGACACAGGAAGAGACUCAGCUUCUUCUUUGACAUUGGGCGGCCUGUUUUGUCCCCAGUGAUCGAGCCAGACCGCCCGGAGGAGAGCUUGGCUAGCUCGGGGUUGGAACUUGGGGAAGGGGAAGGGGGAGGGGGAGGGGGGAGGGGAGGGGCAAGGGGAGGCGGGGAGGGAGGGGAAGGGGAAGGGGCAAGGGGAGGCGGGGAGGGAGGGGAAGGGGAAGGGGCAAGGGGAGGCGGGGAGGGAGGGGAAGGGGAAGGGGCAAGGGGAGGCGGGGAGGGAGAGGGAGGGGAAGGGGCUAGCAAUUCUGCUGGUGCUGAUGGUGUUGGUGAUGGUGCUGGUGCUGGUGCUGGUGCUGGUGCUGGUGCUGGUGCCGGUUCUGGUUCUGGUGCUGCUGCUGGUGCUGCUGGCGCUGGUGCUAGUGCUGGUGCUGAUGCUGGUGCUGGUGCGAGUGCUGGUGCUGGCGCUGGUGCUGAUGGUGCUGGUUUUGGUGCUGGUGCCAGUGCCGGUUCUGGUUCUGGUGCUGCUGCUGGUGCUGCUGGCGCUAAUGCUGGUGCUGGUGCUGGUGCUGGUUCUGGUGCUGGUGCUGAUGCUGGUGCCGGUGCUGGUGCUACUGCCGGUGCUGGUGCUACUGCUGGUGCGGGUGCUGGUGCGGGUGCUGGUGCGGGUGCUGGUGCGGGUGCUGGUGCGGGUGCUGGUGCUGCUGGUGGUGGUGAAUCUGAGUCUGGUGAUGGUUCGGUUGCUGCUGGUGCUGAGUCAGCAGCAGAAGCAGCAGCAAAGGCUGCAGCAAAAGCAGAGGUUGCAGCAGCAGCAGAGGCUGAAGCCGCAAAAGCAGAAGCUGCAGCAGCAGCAGAGGCAGCAGCAGCGUCAGAGGCAACUGCAGCAGAAUCUACAGAAGCAGCAGCAGGAGCAGCAGUGGAAGAGGCUGUAUCAAGAGCAGAGGCUGCUGCAGCAGCAAUAGAGGCUAAAGUGGCAGGAGCAGAAGCUGCAGCAGCAGCAGACACAGCAGCAGCAGCAGAGGCAGUGGCAGCAGCGGCAGAGUCAGCAGCAGCUGGAGAAGAAGAUGCAGCAGCAGUAGCUGAGGCAGCAGAGGCAGCUGCAGCAGCAGAGGCAGAAGCAGCAGCAGAGGCGGCAGCAGCAGCGGAGGCUGCAGCUGCAGCAUACACAGCAGCAGCAGCAGACUUAGCAGCAGCAUCAGCGGCAGCAGUAGCAUCAGCACACGCAACAGCAGCAGAGGCAGCAGAGGCAGCAGCAGCGGCAGAGGCAGCAGCAUCAGCGGAGGCUGCAGCAGUAGCAUCAGCACACGCAACAGCAGCAGAGGCAGCAGAGGCAGCAGCAACGGCAGAGGCAGCAGCAUCAGCGGAGGCUGCAGCAGCAGCAAAAGCAGAAGCAGAAGCAGCAACAGCAGCAGCAGAGGCAGCAGCAGCAAAAGUACAAGCAGAGGCAGCAGCAGUAGCAAAAGCAGAAGCAGAGGCAGCAGCAGCAGCACAGUUAGAAGCAGAGGCAGCAGCAGCAGCAAGAGCAGAAGCAGCAAAAGCAGAAGCAGAGGCAGCAGCAGCAGCAAAAGAAGAAGCAGAGUCAACAGCAGUAGCAAAAGCAGAAGCAGAGGCGGCAGCAGCAGCAAAGGCAGCAGCACUGUUGGCAUUGACUGUGCCACGUACGCACUCUCUCACUCGCCCUCACACACGGCUCCAUCCCAUCGUUAGAACACCUAGUGGAAGGAAGCAGGGGGGAGGAGGGAGAGGAGGGAGAAGAGGAGGGAGAGGAGGAGGGGGGGGGGGGGAGGAGGGCUGUUUGGGGGAGCCGGGCGGGCUGUGAUAGCUGUUGCAGGGGGGCUGUUUCUGCUGGCGGUUGGCGCGACGAUUGGGAAUUCACGCAGGCAGAACAGACAGAGAAGCCCCAUGUAUUAUGAGGUGCAAUCCGGCGACACGGUGUGCUCCAUAGCCAAUCGCCACUGCGUGCAUCCCGACGCUCUGAUCGAUGCAAACGAGGAAGGCACGCUACAAGACCCUGAUGUGAUAUGGCCUGGCGAUUUGAUCCUAAUUCCGGCGUGAAAAACCUGUUUGGCUUAGGGGACUAUUCCCCACUGCCUGCAUCCCGACACAAAUGAGGGAGGGUUGUCAUCAGGCCCGUAAGUUGGCUUUCCAGCUGACCUGAUUCCCGUUCCAGAGUGGAAAACACGUGGCCUCCUUCCGGUGCCUACUUUCCAGGCGCCGAAAGAAUAGGCUGCUUUUUGGUGCUCAUGCUGAGUCGGUACAGUCCUCGCAGCACCAAAACACUGCUUGAUGAGUGUUUAUUAUAAAGAUUAGAUAUGGGU